AUGGAGGUCGAUUUGGCGAGCGUCGAGGUGGUUUUCGCUCAGAAAUUGGCUUGCGGAGAGCCGGCGACGCGUCAGAGAGCUCUUCGAGUGCUCCACGAUUGGAUUCGUGAACAGUCUUCGAAAAAACGUACGUUAUCUUCAAAAAAUCUCUGGAUAAACUUUAUUUCAUUGAAAACUCGCAAAGAAAUACGGGAGUUUUAAAUUUCAGCAUUCGACGACGCGGAUUUGAUGCGUUUGUGCAAAGGACUGCACUACGUGAUGUGGAUGCAAGACAAGAUGGUUCUUCAGGAGGAGCUGGCCGACCGCAUCGGCGGUCUCAUCAACAUUUUCACUUCGGAGACCGAAAAAGUGCGAUUUGUGGCGUGUUUUCUGAAAAGUCUCUCCAAAGAGUGGCCACACAUCGAUCGGUGGAGAAUGGACAAGUUCCUCAUGGUUAGCCCGUCUGAAAUUAGCUGAAAUCCUAAAAUUUGCUAUUCAGGAGGUCCGCCGCAUGCUUCGCGCUUGUUUCGCUCACCUGGCAACUUUGAAGUGGAAGAAAGAGGUCCGGGACGAGUAUUGGAAAGUUUUCCAGGAAACUGUCAUCUCUACAGGUAUAAAAUGGUCAAAAAUUCUAAAAACUAUAAAAUAUUGCAGAAAAAACCUUCUCGGAAGCGCUCAAAUUCCAUUUCGCCUCACUUUUGCUCGACGAGCUCGACGCGGCCGGCGGUUUGACGAAAAAGCAGGUGACGACGUGUCUGAAGCCGUACGUCGAAUUGCUCGGCGACAAAGAAAUCAGCGAAUACCUGUUCUCCUCAAUUUACGACGAGAUUUUCAAGGCGAUUCUGCAGCAGAAGAGCGAUCAGUUGACGGCUUCGGCGGAAGCAGAAGAAGAAGAGCCAGCGGCCGAAGGAGGCAUCGAAUUCAACUACAAAGAGAUCGGCGCCGCGCUUUUCGACGUCGGCAAGCAGGCGCAUCUGAAUGCGAAACGACGCAAACGCAUCUACGACCUUGUGAAAAAGUUCGAAAAGUGUGCUCGCGGACAGGAUCCGCUGCAUUUCGAGCCGCCCGUUCCGAAGGAGAAGCUCACGCGGGAGGACUACGAAGCGGCGGAGAUGAAGGCGAUUGAGGCGGCGAGCGAAUGGAAGACGGAGAGGAAGGAGGCCAAGAAACACGCGAGUCUCAUCAAGAAAAGAGCCCGUGAGGCGGCGGCGGUCGCGCGGAAAGAACGGAAAGAAGCCGGCGACGAACUGCCGGAGGACGAGAUUGCGGAAGUGCGGAAAGCGAGCGGAAAAGGCGGAAAGACGUCGGUGCCGAAGGUGAAACGCGGAAAAGCGCUGAAGGCAAAGGGCGUCGGAAAGAAGCAGAUGCUGAAGAAGAAGGUCGGAGGUGCCAGGAAGAAGAAUAACUGA